CCCCUCCUCCUCCCUCUUUUUUCUCCUCCUCCUCCUCCCCUUUCUCUUCUCCUCGCCCCCCUGAAAACCUGUGGCUCGGAGAGACCUUGGCUUCUCUGGGACUCUACCCCUGGGGACUUCCCACAUCUGCUCCUGAGCUUGGGGGCAGGGGGGCAACCGCCUGAGGAACCUCUCCAGCGAUGGGAGCCGCCCGCCUGCUGCCCAACCUCACUCUGUGCUUACAGCUGCUGAUUCUCUGCUGUCAAACUCAGGGGGAGAAUCACCCGUCUCCUAAUUUUAACCAGUACGUGAGGGACCAGGGCGCCAUGACCGACCAGCUGAGCAGGCGGCAGAUCCGCGAGUACCAGCUCUACAGCCGGACCAGCGGCAAGCACGUGCAGGUCACCGGGCGUCGCAUCUCCGCCACGGCUGAGGACGGCAACAAGUUUGCCAAGCUCAUAGUGGAGACGGACACAUUUGGCAGCCGAGUUCGCAUCAAAGGGGCUGAGAGCGAGAAGUACAUCUGUAUGAACAAGAGGGGCAAGCUCAUCGGGAAGCCCAGCGGGAAGAGCAAAGACUGCGUGUUCACGGAGAUCGUGCUGGAGAACAACUACACGGCCUUCCAGAACGCCCGGCACGAGGGCUGGUUCAUGGCCUUCACGAGGCAGGGGCGGCCCCGCCAGGCUUCCCGCAGCCGCCAGAACCAGCGCGAGGCCCACUUCAUCAAGCGCCUCUACCAGGGCCAGCUGCCCUUCCCUAACCAUGCCGAGAAGCAGAAGCAGUUCGAGUUUGUGGGCUCCGCCCCCACCCGCCGGACCAAGCGCACGCGGCGGCCCCAGCCCCUCACGUAGUCUGGGAGGCAGGGGGCAGCAGCCCCUGGGCGCCUCCCCACCCCCCUCCCUUCUUAAUCCAAGGACUGGGCUGGGGUGGCUGGAGGGGAGCCAGAUCCCCCAGGAAGGACCCUGAGGGCCGCCAAACAUCCGAGCCCCUAGCUGGGAAGGGGCAGGCCAGUGCCCCAGGGGCGGCUGGUAGAGCACCCCCUUCCCGGACGGGUGGCAGGCCCUGGAGAGGAACUGAGUGUCACCCUGAUCUCAGGCUGCCAGCCUCUGCCGGCCUCCCAGCCGGGCUCCUGAAGCCCGCUGAAAGGUCAGCGACUGGAGGCCUUGCCGACAACUGUCUGGAGGUGGCUGUCCUCAAAAUCUGUUCCACGGAUCUCCCUCAGUCUGCCCCCAGCCCCCAAACUCCUCCUGGCCAGACUGUAGGAAGGGACUUUUGUUUGUUUGUUUGUUUCAGGAAAACAGAGGGACAGAGAGAGAGAGGAAAAUAGAGGGUUGGCCACUCCUCACAUUCCACGACCCAGGCCUGCACCCCACCCCCAACUCCCAGCCCCGGAAUAAAACCAUUUUCCUGCAAA